ACUAGCAAAGAAGCAAGCAAGCAAAGAAGCAAGCAAGCAAGCAAGCGAGGAAACUGGUUUGGUUUUGUAGGGCUUGCACCACUGCACCGCUCUUUUAGCGAGACAGUCCAUUACGGCUAUGUAGGCACUACAUGAUAUCAAAACGCUGCGCCCGGGCUUACUUCACUUACCGUUACCAUCACUGCAAUAUUAUCGGAACAUUGCAAGUGCCUACAAGACUAAAUUCAUUGCAUUACAAUUUAUCCAAUACAAUCAAGUGUUAAAUGUAAUUUGUAAUAUACAUCAGAAUACACGGUUUCAUAUAACGUGAAAGUGAAGAAAAGUACAUAUAAGUCUAUUUGUGUUAAUAUUGGUGGUAUUUGUAACAUGAAUCUUCUAUCAGUUAAAAGCUUGUGACAGUUUUGUGUGGUAUCUGGUGUUUUGUUUUAUAAUUUGUUCAAAAUUAAUAUUGUGAAGAUUUCAAAUUUUAUACAGCUAUGGCAGAAGGAAAUGGGGAAAUAAAAAUGGAAGAGAAACAGUCUAAGGAGGAAAUGGAAUAUGUAGAAAGAACAGAAGAUUUUUCAAAGUUGAUUCAGUAUGGAUUGGAUGAAAAAGUAGCCGCAAAACUGGAUGAAAUAUAUAAAACAGGAAAAUUAGCUCAUGUAGAUUUGGAUGAAAGAGCAUUAGAUGCUUUAAAAGAAUUCCCUGUGGAUGGGGCAUUAAAUGUACUCACACAGUUUCUUGAAUCUAAUUUAGAACACGUAUCGAACAAAUCUGCAUAUCUUUGUGGUGUAAUGAAAACCUAUAGACAGAAAAGCCGUGCUGGGCAAGGCACUGGUACUAGCACUACUCCAAAAGCACCAGAUGAGGACAAGAUAAAAAUGAUUCUUGAACGCACUGGUUAUCCUUUGGAUGUAACAACUGGACAAAGAAAAUAUGGAGGUCCUCCUCCAAAUUGGGAGGGUCCUACACCAGGAACUGGUUGUGAGGUAUUUUGUGGAAAAAUUCCAAAGGAUAUGUAUGAAGAUGAAUUAAUUCCUCUGUUUGAGAAAUGUGGAAAAAUUUGGGAUUUGAGAUUAAUGAUGGAUCCUAUGGCAGGUUGCAACAGAGGAUAUGCUUUUAUCACUUUUACUAAUAGGGAAGCAGCACAGGAAGCUGUUAGAGUGCUGAAUGAUUAUGAGAUUCGGAAAGGGAAAAAGAUUGGUGUUACCGUAUCUUAUAACAAUCACCGCUUGUUUGUGGGAAAUAUUCCAAAGAAUCGAGACCGAGAUGACUUGUUUGAAGAAUUUACAAAGCACGCACCUGGUCUGACCGAGGUGAUUAUCUACAGUUCCCCGGAUGAUAAGAAGAAAAACAGAGGUUUCUGCUUCUUAGAAUAUGAAUCUCACAAAGCUGCUUCUUUAGCCAAACGAAGACUAAGUACUGGUCGCAUCAAAGUAUGGAGCUGUGAUAUCAUAGUUGAUUGGGCUGAUCCUCAGGAAGAACCCGAUGAACAAACCAUGUCUAAAGUACGUGUUUUGUAUGUGAAAAAUUUGACACAAGAUUGUUCUGAAGAAAAAUUAAAAGAAAAUUUUGAGCAAUAUGGUAAUAUUGAAAGGGUAAAAAAGAUCAAAGACUAUGCUUUCGUUCACUUCGAAGAGAGAGAUAAUGCUGUUAAGGCAAUGAAUGAAUUGAAUGGAAAAGAAAUUGGUGGUUCUCAUAUCGAGGUAUCCCUCGCGAAACCACCAUCUGAUAAAAAGAAAAAGGAAGAGAUGCUACGUGCUAGAGAACGAAGAAUGCAGCAAAUGUACCAGGGUCGAAGCGGAGGUUCUCCAUCGCAUCCAAGUAUGAUGGGAGGACCAAUGCCAGUUCGUGGGCCAGGUCAAGGUCCUAGAGGUACUGGCGCAGGUAUGCGAGGACAGAUGGGACGAGGCGAUUAUGAUUAUGAUUACGACUAUUACGGUUAUGGGGAUUAUCGAGGUGGCUACAGUGAUCCAUAUUAUGAUGACUAUUAUCGAUACGAAGAUUACUAUUUCGAUUACGCGCCGCCUCCGCCACCUGCCAGAGGGAGAGGCAGGCAGCCUCAACCGGCUGGACGUGGCCGUGGAGUAGUGCCGCGUGGCCGAGUCGGUGGCCCCCAAGUCCGUGGGCCAGUCAGGGGGGGACGCAACCCCGCAACUUCAGGGGCUCGUGGGGUCCAGCGGCUGUCCGCUCGUGGGGGGGUCCGCGCCAAGGGAAGUUUACCAGGUGAGGAUGCAGGUAAACGAAAAUUUGACGGGGGUCACCAGAACCAGGGGGAAUGUAAACGUCGCUUCCAGAGCAACUGGGGAAACCAACCCCUCGCCCAACAACCACUGGGCAAUGCGUACGGAUUGGCGAGUGUGAAUGGUGGCAGUGGUGGUGGUGGCGGCGGCGGUGACAUAGGAUUUGGAAGUAGAACCGCCACACUCAGCGGUGUUACCACCGAUGAUCACGAAUGGUAUCAAGACUCCUAUCAGUCAUGGAGCUAACUUCUGCAAGUCUGUGAGUGAACACGCACGCACGCACGCAUCUAAGUACGCACGCAAGCACACACGAUAAAUGAAUUAACGAAUGAACGAUCGAACAAACAAAUAAAUAACGUGUAAUGACUAAACAGCAAAUUGGAGUUACCGUUACGUACAAAGACAGAG